AUGCCAUCUGAGCAGCACGUACCACCUCACCCACAGCAGCCACACGCGCGCCCACGCCCACGAUAUCGCAGCGUGGAGCUCAUCAACUGCCUCACAGCGUUGCUUGCAGGCAAGCUCACGACACAGACACUGCUCCUGCAUUUGGAGGCCGUGAGCAGCGCGCUUGUGCUGGCAUCGCCGCAGCUGUACGAAGGCCCGCAACCCCAGCCGUUUGCCAUGGUUACACGCAUGGUGGUGGACGAGGGCGUGGCGCAGGAUGUCUUUGCCGGUUUGCACGCGGUGCUGUUGGACAUGCGGUCCGCCGACGCCAAUGCAGACAGGGAGGACCUCCUCCGUGACCUCGCCAACCUCUUCGCCCUCCCUUUUCACAUGCUACGAUCGCCGGAUGCGACGCAGGAAAUCUCCACUGCCGCCUGGCCGCAGCUCGAGAUGCGAACAAUGCUGCUGAUUCUUGUGUUGUGGCACCACCUCCCUCCAAAAGCUGCUGGCGCCUCGAAUCGCUUCCGCGCCGCUCUCUCGACGGCCAAACACACGCGCGUGGAUGACGAGGAGGCCGUCGUUGCCCCGUCAUCAACAUCAACGCCAGCAUCAACAUCGGCAUCAACGUCAACAUCAGCAUCAACAUCAACAACACAGUCAUUGGGCACGAAGCAGCAGGGAGCACAUGUAUCGUCAUUGCAAGCAUCAUCAUCGUCGUCGCAAUCGUCGUGGUGGUUCUCGUGGCGCCAGUCAGCAGCAACAACGGCAACAACGACAGCAGUUGAGGGCGAUGCGAACACAGCGACGACCAGAACGACAACAACGACAACGAUGACAACAACAGGCAGUGCCCACACCAACGGCGCACAUGUCAACGGCACAGCACCACGAGCACGACGACCACCACCGUCAUCAUCAUCACAAUCAUCAGCACAUGAUGGUGAUGGGAUUGGAGCCUUGGUGCCGGUCCGAGUGUCGUUCAAACUGCUCGCUGACAUCAUUGUCAGGACGCCGCUCUCCGCCAAUUUGUACGUCGGCGGAUGGAUUUGUGAUGCUGUGUCGCGUUUUCUGUUGGAGUGCAUGCGAGCGGUGAACGGCGACGAGUGCAGCACCGAUCACGCCACGACCAUCACGGCCAUCCUCCUCAUCCUCAGCGCAGACACACACACGCACCGCUGCCUGGUUGCCGAGCACGUGGGGGAGGAUGCGCCAUGGCACACGGAGCGAGACAUGGAGGCAGCUGACUUGGCCAGUCUGCUCGUCAGCGUUCUUCUCAAGUGCAUCAACCACAACUGGCGCGUCGAGCGGGACGAGGUGCUUCAUCGCGACAUACUGGCGCUGCUCUGCAACGUCGCCCCUCACCUGCAGCGCUUGGACCUGUACGUGUGUCAGCGUCUCAUCAGAUUGCUACACGCGCUCAUUCGUCAGUUCUUUCGACUGCGGACAGACUUGGACAUCACGUCCACACAGGACGGUGUGGAAGAGUUGCAGGAGACAAUUCGAUUCAUCCACGUGCUCCUCCGCUUCAUCAACACCGUCGUUGCAUCCCACGUGACGACGAAUGCAGAUAUGAUGUACACGCUCCUGAUCAACAAGCAGGACAUUGCCGGACUGCGCCGCCAAAACCUCUUCUCCCCUGAAAUUGACAACAUUCACUCUGCCAUCGUGUACUGCGAAGCAAAGCUGUCUCAAACGCGCCACCGAACCCCACACAGUACGUCACGCGUGCAGCAGGAUCUGGAGGCAGCCGUGGCGAAAUUCCCCACCGACCUCUUGCAGCACCCGCGCCCCACGCGCUACGUGUACGAAGAAGACUCCAGCGAGAGCAGUCGACUGCGGCAGCGGCAGCGCGUCUGGCGGUGUGUCAUCAAGCACGCAAACAUCUUUCCCCUCGACCACGGAUACCCCUUCUUGCACGAAGCAGAAUAG